CGCCAGAACGUUAGUCUUGAUCGAGAUUUAAAGCAAUACGGACGCUUUUCGGGGGUGUGAAUUGAAGGAAAAAAAAGAGCAAAACAGUGCUGAGUGCUGAGAAGGAAGCAAAAGAAAAUCAGAGCCAAAGUCGAAGUUGCAGUAGUAUAGAUAGUGAGUCGAAGACAAGGUCGAACGUUUCGAGAGGGAAAGUACUCCCGUUUCUGUAAAAAAAUAUCCGUUUUUUUUCUGCGUGUAUUAAAUUACACGACCAUCUGAGUGGAACGGAAAUUACCGCAAAAUGGCACUAAACUGUGGAUUAUCAACGAUCAAAUAUGUACUAUUUGUGUUCAACCUGUUGUGCUCGCUAUGCGGUAUUGCACUGGUGGUAAUCGGAGGCGUUUCGUUGGCCAAGAUCGCCGACCUGCAGGAUAUCAGCGAUGAGCACAGCAUUGUGGCCCCGUCGAUCCUGUUCAUCGUACUCGGAUCGGUCGUAUUCGUGAUCGCAUUCUUCGGAUGUUGCGGCGCCAUUCGGGAAUCAUACUGCAUGACCUCGACCUAUGGCUUCUUCCUCAUGGUUUUGAUCAUUGCCCAAAUCGUAGUUGCUGCCCUCGUGUUCAUCUACGUCGGAGAUGCCAAGGCAGCCUUCAAAAAGGGCUUCGCUAGGUUGUUUGAUGAACGUGAUCGUCCUCAAAACGCCGAACUGAUCGACACCAUUCAGGCCAACCUUGAGUGCUGCGGUAAGAGCUCUUCCAAGGACUGGGGUUCGAACAUUCCUCAGUCGUGCUGCCGACCUGGAACCGCCCCUGACUGCGAAGUCUACUCCCAAGGUUGCCAGGUUCGUAUCGGAGAGUUCAUCGACACCGCCGGAGAUGUUCUCGGAUGGGUUUCGUUGGGUGUUGCCGCUGUCGAACUUGUUGGACUGAUUGCGGCCUGCUGUCUGGCCAACGGAAUUCGCAACCAAGCGAGAAGAUACGCUUAAGCUUGGUGUUGACGCUUGACACGGGGCAGAUUUGUUCUAAAAUGCUUAUGUCCUUUCCAAAAACCGAAUCGGAAUAUCAGCUUUAUAAUUCAUCCAAUCGAACAACAAUUCGCAGUUUUCAUCCAUCAAAAGAAUGAUUAGUAAGGACCAAUAUCCAAACAGAUGCUCAUGCGAAAACCAGUCCAAAAUGGAACCAACUCCACUGUUCAUUUUGUAGUGUAGUUCUCAAAAUGUUCCAAUCGAUCAUCGCUUCUUCAUUUUUUUUUCUUUCUAUCCUAUGCUACAACCCUGGUCGCCGAGACUAGGGUUGGAUAGAGCGCUCGAUACACAAAACUAAACGAUUAGGGGACGGCCCUCCCCGCUAUGAUAACCUGUACAGUGAAUUUCUUGUUUACUUGAAGUCCUUAGAUGUUUAGUCUAUUGUUUAAGCAAACAGAAUUGAUUUAAAAACUGAACCAAACUGAAUAACGUUACAAAAAACAAACGAAUUAAAUAUAUGAACUAAUGUAUGGUAUCCAAUGUGUCCAUGUUUUUACCUAUUGGUUACGUGUCUUCGUGUAACUUCCAAGGCUUCAUACAAUCAGUAUUAUCUACAAUAUACUUGAAACAGACAACCAAAUCAAUUCAAAACGGGAUAAUGAGCGGUCCGUUAUCAUCGAAGCUGGGAGUUACUCGGUAGCUGUUAUCAUCGUUAACGUCUUUUCGAGAGCUGUUGUUGAUAAAAUAAAGAAUCUUUCGGAAGACGAAGUCCCUUCCAAUCAAUUUCAAA